AUGGAUGCUCCAAAUGUUCAAGCAGCAAUUGACCAAAGACUUGCAGAAGUCCUUCAAGGAAUAGUUUCUGUAAUGACUGGGAUAAUUGUUGCCUUUUAUUUUGGUUGGAAUGUUGCCCCAAUUGGAUUGACUACAGCAGCUAUUUUGGUUGUAGCACAAACUUCUGUUACUAAUUAUUUGAAAAGGAGAGGAAUGAGGGAUAUGUUACUUGCUGAAGAUGCUAGUAGGAUAGCAGCAGAGUCGAUAGAAUAUGUCCGUACCGUUCAGGCGCUCAAUAGGCAAAGAACUGUUUAUGAACGAUUCCGUUCGGCAGCAAAACUUCCACACAAACUUGCUUUUAUUAGAGGUAUUUGGACUUCUUUAUCGAUAGCAAUUAGUUCAAGCUUUGUUCCCUUUAAUUUCGCCAUUACCUAUUAUUUGGGACUUUGUUUAAUUCAAAGAGGAUAUACAACACCUUUUGUAUUAUUCCAAGUUGUUGAAGCAUUAAAUUUGGCAUCAUUUACUAUAAUGACUGCAGCUGCAUAUUUUCCUGAAUAUAUGAGGGCUAAACUUUCUGCUGGUUUAAUGUUUGCAAUGGCUAGUCUUCGCCCCCGCAUCGAUUCUCUUUCCGAUACUGGUCUAGAUGCACCAAUUACCGGCCAAAUUGAUGCCCAAAACAUCCAUUUUGCUUAUCCAAAUUCUGGAAAUUUCCAAUUAGCUUUAAAUGGGUUUUCAUUGACAGCUUUAGCAGGAAAAACUGUUGCCCUAGUUGGGCCUAGUGGGUGUGGGAAAAGUACAAUGAUACAGUUACUUGAACGAUUUUAUGAUCCUUUUAGUGGAGUAUUAAGUAUUGACGGAGUAGAUAUUCGUCGUUACAAUAUUCGCCAUUUACGAAACUCAAUCUCCUUAGUUGGCCAAGAACCUACUUUAUUUGCACUUUCAAUAAAAGAAAAUAUAACUUAUGGACUUGAUAAAAACGAUAUUAAUGAAGAUAAAAUUAAAUUAGCAGCAAAAUUAGCUAAUAUUCACGAUUUUAUUGAAUCUCUUCCUCAAAAAUAUGAUACUCCAGUAGGCUCUCGUGGAGCGCAGUUAAGCGGGGGACAAAAACAACGUAUUGCUAUUGCACGUGCAAUUAUUAGAGAUCCGAAAAUUCUUUUGUUGGAUGAAGCAACAAGUGCGUUAGAUACUGAAAGUGAAAAGGUAGUCCAACAAGCAUUAGAAGCAGCCCGUACAGGCCGUACUUGUUUAGUAAUAGCUCAUCGCUUAAGUACAGUUCAAUCUGCCGAUUUAAUUAUUGUAAUGCGUGAAGGACAAGUUUUGGAGAUGGGGACACAUUUACAAUUACUGCAGAGUGGGGGGCUUUAUUAUAAACUUGUACAGAGGCAAAAAUAA